CCUCCAGUGACACCUACAAAUAUAUUGAUCAUGUUGUUAUUAUUGUUACAGCGGAUACAAAACGGAGAGGCUACGGCUUUUUGGGCAUACAUUCCUGACCCGCCUAUGAUUCAAUCAUUAGGAUGGGAUAAAGAAAUAGUACCUGUCUAUGUCAACGACACAAGUCUUUUAGGAGGAAAAUCAGACACUCAUAUUUCCCCUCAGCAAGCCAAUAUCUCCUUUUAUGGUCUUACUACGCAAUAUCCUAUGUGCUUUUCUUAUCAAUUACAACAUCCUCACUGUAUACAGGUGUCAGCUGAUAUAUCCUAUCCUCGAGUGACUAUUUCUGGCAUUGAUGAAAAAACCGGAAAAAGAUCGCACCGUGACGGAACUGGACCUCUCGACAUUCCGUUUUGUAACAAACAUCUAAGCAUCCGCAUAGGAAUAGACACUCCUUGGACUUUAUCAGCCCGGGUUGCGUCGGUGUACAACAUUAACAAUGCAAAUACCACCUUUUUGUGGGAUUGGGCACCUGGGGGAAAACCUGAUUUUCCUGAAUAUCGAGGACAGCAUCCACCCAUUCUCUCUGUAAACACUGCUAAUGUAUAUCAAACAGAACUGUGGAAACUUUUGGCUGCCUUUGGUCAUGGUAAUAGUCUAUAUUUGCAACCCAAUAUCAGUGGGAGUAAAUAUGGUAAUGUAGGAGUUACGGGGUUUUUAUAUCCCCGAGCUUGUGUCCCUUACCCAUUCAUGUUGAUACAAGGCCAUGUGGAAAUAACAUUGUCAUUGAAUAUUUAUCAUUUAAAUUGUUCUAAUUGCAUACUUACCAAUUGCAUAAGAGGUGUUGCAAAAGGAGAACUUAUAAUAGUAAAACAACCUGCUUUUGUAAUGUUACCAGUUAAAAUAACUGAAGCUUGGUAUGACGAGACUGCUUUAGAAUUGCUACAACGCAUUAACACGGCUCUUAGCCGCACUAAAAGAAGUGUAAGCCUGAUUGUUCUGGGUAUAGUAUCUUUAAUCACCCUUAUAGCAACUGCUGUUACCGCUUCUGUAUCUCUAGCACAAUCCAUUCAAGCUGCUCAUACUGUAGAUCCCUUGUCAUAUAACGUUACUAAAGUAAUGGGAACACAAGAAGAUAUAGAUAAAAAAAUAGGAGAUAGAUUAUCAGCUUUAUAUGAUGUAGUUAGAGUUCUAGGGGAACAAGUUCAGAGCAUUAGCUUUCGCAUGAAAAUUCAAUGUCAUGCUAAUUAUAAAUGGAUUUGUGUUACAAAAAAGGCUUAUAAUGCAUCUGACUUUCCGUGGGAUAAGGUAAAAAAACAUCUACAAGGAAUUUGGUUUAAUACUAAUGUUUCUCUAGAUCUAUUGCAAUUAUAUAAUGAAAUCCUUAAUAUUGAAAAUUCUCCUAAGGCUACUUUAAAUAUAGCUGAUACUGUCAACAAUUUUUUACAAAAUUUAUUUUCUAACUUCCCUAGCCUGCAUUCACUGUGGCAAAGCAUAAUUGCUGUGGGCGUGGUUUUGACUGUUGUGCUUAUCGUGAUUUGUUUGGCUCCUUGUUUUAUUCGUAGUAUUGUUAAAGAAUUUCUACAUGUAAAAAUUCUGAUACAUAAAAACAUGUUGCAACACCGACAUCUUAUGGAGCUUUUAAAAAAUAAAGAGAGGGGAGCUGCGGGGGACUGCCCGUGA